AUGUCGGACGUGUACGUUGUGCCUGGAACGGGCACGAGUGCGAGUGCGACUUCUGGCUUCCAGUCCGUCGAAUCGGACGGCGUUGUACCUUCGACUUCUGGCUUCCAGUCCGUCGCACCGGCCGGCGUUGUACCUUCGACUGCAGACGUCCAGCGCACCGGAUCCGACGGUGUAGUACCUUCGUGUUCGAGCGUCCCCUCUACCACUUCCGGUGUAGUGAUUCCGAUUUGUGCUUUUCCGUCAGUCGACGUAGACCCAACCCCCACGACGAUCCCCGAUUUUCAGCCUGUGAUUACGGCUGCCAUAGAAUCGUCUUCGGUUGUGUCUCCCCCUGCCGUAGAGCUGACAGACUUUCGCGAGAUCGAGAUCAACCCCCUUUUCUCCCAGGAUGAAUCACCAAUCAUCGACAUGAGCAUGUUUCUGGAUGUUGGGUUGAUGGAUGGGCGUUCGGUUGGUCGGGGAGCUGCAGCCAUGUGUGGGCUGUAUGGCGGCGAAAGGGAGGAGGGCACCGGUGCCGCGGCGUGGGACACGCGCGGCGGUGCCGUUCGGCCAGGUCCACAUCGACCUCACGGGUCCGUUCACCGAGGCGAUGGACGACCCCGGUACCUCAUUAUGUUCGUCGACAGCCCCUCGCGGUUGCAACGGGCGUACGGGAUGCGGGCGAAGAGCGACACCCUGAGAUACGUGAAGCGCUUCUUGGCCGACAUGAACGGCAUGGGUACUCCGAGAUGUUUUCGCAUGGACAACGGCGGCGAGUUCACCGGCGCCGCUUUCAUCGAGUUCUGCGACGCCGCUGGCAUCCGGCGCGAGUACACUGCGCCCGACACCCCCAAACAGAACGCCGUCGCCGAGAGCUCCAUCUGGCGUGCGAUGAAGGGGGGCCACGCCGUGCGACGCCACAUCCUCUCCAUGCCCCACGUCGACCUCGCCUCCGUCCCCAACAUCGGCGCCAACGGACAACGCCUGUGGCUCUCGUCGGCGCUCUGGGCAUCCGGUUGUUUCAACCGCUCCGUGACGAAGGCCAACCAGGGCUGGGCGUCGCCGUUCGAGGCCUUCUUCGGGAGGAAGCCGCCGCUCAACGUCGUCCCUGUUUUCCUGGAGGGGAUGAUGCGGGUCAAGCGCGCCAGCAAAGCGGACGUCCAAUCCGUGCGUUGCUUUUACCUGCACGGCGCCAACAACCACUUAACGGCUACCGCCGUCGUUCUCCGCGCUAGCACCGGCCGCCUCGCCCUCACCAACUUCGUGUGGGUCAACCGCCGGGCAGGCGCGCCUGGCGCCGGUGCGGGGCAUCGGGGGGGGUUCUUCGGUCACCGCGCCGCUCUCGCCGGCCGCCGCCGUACCUGCGGCCGCUGUCGCACCGCCGCCGCCCCCGCCAGCGAGAACCUACACUUGGCCACUCAAACAAGGCCGGACAUCGCGAAUGCAGUGCGAAAAGUAGCGCGGUAUUGUGCAUCUCCCAAGAUGGUGCACUGGAAGGCAGCACUCGGUAUUUUAGGGUACGUACGAAGGACGAGUUGGAUGGGGAUUACAUGUGAGAGGGGAGUGGUGACCGGGAUGAGCAUGCAGGUGUUUGUGGAUGCCGACUAUGCAAGCAAGGCGGCAGGCCGUAGGUCGGUGUCAGGAGGGCUAGUUAUGUGUGGGUGUGUGUGUGUGACUUGGUUUUCACGAACCCAGAAGUGCGUUACGCUUUCCACCACGGAAGCAGAGUAUGUGGCAAUUGCCGAUGCCUUGAAGGAAGUGUUGUUCCUGAGGCAGGUGUUGUGGCGUUUUAUGUUGCCAGAUGCGGGUAUGCCGUGUAUCCCGGUGUUCGAGGAUAACCAGGGAGCGAUUCAGAUUGCGAACAACCCGAUCACGAACUCUAACUCGAAGCACAUCGAUGUACGGCAUCACUUUAUCAGGGAGCUGGUAGAGAGGAAGGAGAUUUCAAUUACUCAUGUGCCGACGCAAUUUCAGCAUGCAGAUUUCUUGACGAAGGCUAUUCGCAAGGAGUCUUUUGCGUUGCACCGUGACUUUGUGAUGAACUUGAUGUGA